GGGCAUGUUUCUGAGGUAAGAUAUUACGAUGCGCCUUGCUCGACAAUGCAUUUUAUGUGUGCUGGCUUUAUAUGCACUCCUGACCGCGCUAGGACAACUGCCGUCCUGCGUACUUGCGGAAAAACAUGGUGGUGAAGUGACGUACGCAGAUCUGGAUUUAGACAAAACAAGAGGAAGAACGCCUGUUCCUCCGCGAGGUGAUCAAACGAUUUACACAUCGAUCAGAAAGAACUCGUCCCGACGGAUCAAGAGGUCGGAGGCAUUUCGUCGACCACGAUCACCACCGCGUGGUAAUAAAGCACCCAGACCACCACCACGAACAACAUCGCUUUCCAAUGCAAGCAAGCCUAUUCGAACGCCACGCCGACACAGAUCACCAUACCAAGGCCGUUAA